CGAACUGGUAGAAGUUGUGUCGGUUUCUUUCGUAAAAACUAUUAUUUGUUUUAACAAAAAAAAAAAACAACCAAAAUGACCGGUCGUGGUAAAGGCGGAAAAGGAUUAGGAAAAGGUGGAGCGAAACGUCAUCGUAAAGUCUUGCGUGAUAACAUCCAGGGUAUCACCAAGCCUGCCAUAAGAAGAUUGGCACGUCGUGGCGGAGUGAAGCGUAUCUCCGGUCUAAUUUAUGAAGAAACCAGAGGUGUCUUAAAGGUAUUCCUCGAGAACGUCAUUCGUGAUGCCGUUACCUACACCGAACACGCCAAACGUAAAACUGUCACCGCCAUGGAUGUCGUUUACGCUUUAAAACGUCAGGGUCGUACACUUUACGGUUUUGGAGGGUAAAAAGUGUUUAGUUGUUUUGAUGAUUUCCACCACCUACCUAUAUCUACGAAGCGGCGAACCUACAGUUUUCUUUCUUCUUUAUUGUUUCAUCAAUCAAUUCAUAGCAUUUUAAUUUUUGGACAAAAAAAAAAACAAAACGGUUCUUUUCAGAA